GAUGAACAACGUGUCAAAUAUAUCGAUCGCUUUGUCACAACAGCGGCUACGUGUCUCCCAUUCGUUUCUACAGCUCAACAUCGGCCAAGUAAAAUCCUCGAUUUUCCGGCAUUUUUUCGGGAAAAUACCGUCUAAAACCAAUCGAACCAGUCAGGAUGACGAACAUCAAAACCGUUCUGGUCAAGUUCUACGAUGAUUACACCGUAAACACGCCGAAGAAGCUGAAAAUCGUCGACGCCUAUCUGCUGUAUAUUUUGCUGACCGGCAUCACGCAGUUUGUUUACUGUUGCCUGGUGGGAACUUUCCCGUUCAAUUCGUUCCUGGCCGGAUUCAUCUGCACCGUGAGCUGCUUCGUGCUGGGAGUUUGUCUCCGACUGCAAUCGAAUCCUCAGAACAAGUCGCAGUUCCUGGGAAUCUCACCGGAACGGGGUUUUGCUGAUUUCGUGUUUGCGCACGUUAUCCUGCACCUGGUGGUCGUCAACUUCAUCGGCUAAACGGUAAGGUAGAUAUUGUCGCCACUUGAAGAGUCUAACCCAGGAUACCCGUUUUUGCUUUCUACUAUUGUGUAAUCUUCAACUACAUUACCUAUCUAAAUUUAAUAUUAGUUUUAUUGCAAGAGAGUCACAGUUAGGUCUGUGAACCACUGAAUACGACUGUAUGGUAGUGCAAAAAUAAUAAAACUUCGAUAGCGGAAGGUAUUAAGCCUCGAUCGAUGCGAAUGUACUAAAA